UCAUUCUGCAGGAAAUCCUAAUCUAAAAAUAUAAACUUAUAAGAUGCCUUUCAUAUCAUCACCUAUAUAAACAACAUUAUGGCAUUCUUCCUUGAAUAUCCACACAAUUAUCCUUCUCUCAACAUUUGUAAUAUACAUAGUAGUAACAUAUAGUACAAGAAAUUUAACGAAAACAAUGGCGGCAAACAAAACCAAGACUUCACCUUCUUACGUCGAGUAUAAUCCUGCUUUCGAAUGGCAGAAAGAGGAAGGUCUCGAAACUUUGAUCAUCUAUUUUCCUGACUUCAAGAAAAAUCAACUCAGGGUGCAAGUUAGUAAAGAUGGAGUCCUCAAAAUAAGCGGCGAAAGACCAUUAACUGCUGAUGGAACAAAGAAGAGUCGUUUUCUCAAGGAAGAAAAAUUACCAGAGGUUUGUGAUAUGAAUGAUGUUCGAGCCAAGUUCACUAAUGGAAGCCUUCACAUUGCGAUGCCUAAGAAAGUUACACCUGCAACUCCUCAAGGCACCAAGCAGCAGCCUGCAUCAUCAAGACUGUCAGCUCCUCCUCAACCAGAGGUUACUGAUAAAAAGCCAAAAGCUGAGGCAGCCACGGUAUCAGAUGAUCAAAAGGCAAAGGGUACAAGUACAGAACAUGGUGCAAUGGCCGGGACAAGUACUUAUGCACAGCCAAAGGCUGAUCAAAUGUUUGAGCAUGGAAGCAUAAUGCAAAGGAAACAAAGAAGUAAGAAGUGUGCUUUGGGAUUCGGAAUUGCAGCUGUGACAAUGAUAGCUAUCGGAGCUUUCGUGGCUUCUAAAUAUGGGUCUAAUAGCAUCUCUUCACCAUCCUUGUAUAUGGAUGAUACAGGACUUAUCUAAACUCCAAAUGUUGUAUAUUAUUCUCUCUUCCAUUGGAUUGGGAAAAUUCACAUAUGAACUUGGACAAAUGUAUAGAUAGAUUUCCAGGCAUGAAUAAAUGUAAACUUUGGUACAUAAAUUGAUGAAAAUUCUAAAGAUUGUGUUCCUUUUAAUAA